CAAGCUGUUAUCUUCUCACAAAAAACCCAAACUGUUAUCUUCUCAUUUUCUUACGUUUGUUUGGAAGAUUCCAAUCUCAUCAAACCACAAUUCUAACCGUUUGUGAUUACACUCAAUCGUAAAAUCCAUGUACUUUUUACAAUCUUCGUCGUGUAGUGCUAAAAUCUCUCAGUAAAACCCAUACACUAUAAUGGAGAAAGACCAAGAAAACUACACUACUAGUUUCGCUGGCAUCGAAAGUUCGCUCGAUCCUCACCAUCAACAUCAGGUUGAAGAUAAUCAAGUGGGCCACAAUAGUGGAAUGGUGGUUGAUUACAUGUUGAAUAGCCCUCCACCUCCAAGAAUCCCAUCUGGGUUUGGUGCAUCUUCGCCUCUAGAUAGAUUGAGCUUUGCAGAUGUAAUGCAGUUUGCUGAUUUCGGUCCUAAAUUAGCUUUAAAUCAGCCAAAGAUACCUGGUGAUGAUACCGUUAUCGAUCCUGUCUACUUUCUUAAGUUUCCAGUUCUGAGUGAUAGGUCACAAGAUGCUAUGGCGGUUUCUUCGAUGGCGGGUGAGAAGAACGAAGGUUUUAAUGGAUUGGGUGUUGAAAGUAAAGGAGUGGCGGUUGUUGAAGAUGAAUAUGAAGGAGAGGAAGAUGAUGGGAGGGCAUCUGAGAGUAAUAUGGUGCAGCUACGUCUCAUUGGAGGGGUUCAAAAGAACGGGGCGACGGAAGGGAAGAAUAGAAGGAAGAGGCCGAGAUCGUUGAAGACGAGUGAGGAGGUGGAGAGCCAGAGAAUGACUCAUAUUGCUGUGGAGCGUAAUCGAAGGAAGCAGAUGAAUGAGCAUUUGAGGGUGUUGAGAUCUCUCAUGCCAGGAUCAUAUGUUCAAAGGGGCGAUCAAGCAUCAAUCAUCGGUGGUGCCAUUGAGUUUGUUAGGGAAUUAGAGCAGCUUCUUCAAUGCUUAGAAUCACAGAAGCGACGGAGAAUAUUCGGCGGCGAAGCUUCUCCGUCAAUCACAAUCCCACCAUCGGAACCACCGAUAUUUCCCUCUUUGACACUUCCCAACGAUCACAUAAAUCUCCUUGAUUUUGAUAGUGGCCUUCGUGAAGAAACGGCCGAGAAUAAAUCUUGCCUAGCUGACGUUGAAGUAAAGGUCUUGGGCUUGGAUGCCAUGAUUAAGAUCCUCUCUCGAAGGCGGCCUGGCCAGCUUCUUAAGACAAUUGCAGCCCUUGAAGAUCUGCAACUCAACAUUCUUCACACCAACAUCACAACUAUCGAACAAACCGUGCUUUAUUCCUUCAAUGUUAAGAUCACAGGCGAGUCGAGGUAUACGGCAGAAGACAUUGCGAAUUCAGUGCAACAGAUAUUCAGUUUCAUCCAUGCAAGCACCAUAUGAUCAUGCAAACCAUUGCAAGCUCCAGUUUGAAUUGUACCAUGCAAUCUACCAUAUGAUUUUAUUAUUUUUGCUAUUUGUAUGUACAAAUGCUCGCACACAACUAGUUGUACGUCCAACUAGUUGGCUUGUGGGGCCCACUAUGACAUCUUGACCGUCCAGCAGGUUGUCCUCAUGAAAAUUCGAUGCCCCAAAAAUCAAGUUGAUCGAAUUAUCAAGUGGGGCCCACCAUAGAAAACCCAAAAGACUUUAUAAUAAUCAAGUGGGGCACCCCAUUUUAAAGGUUGGAUUUACCUGUUUUUUGGGGCAUCUCAUUUUUAUGGUUGGACAAUCUUACUGAAUGGGUGAGAUUUCAUGCAAACAACAUGGUAGGCCCCACACGCCAACUACUUGGACGUAUGGCUUGUUGUAUGUGAGCAUUUCACUCACACACAUGCAUGUGUGUGUGCGCGAGGGAGAAAUGUUUUUUCUGCAAAUGUAUGGAAGGAUUGAAGAGAUUAUCUAUCUAUCCAUGAUUCCAUGUA